UGAUUGCUCGGCAGUUGAGCCCGGAAUGCUGAGCUGUAGACAACAAAUUUCCCGGUUGCUUUUCCGGAAUGCGAGUACACUAGCUCGUGUGCAGGCCGCGGGCUAUGUGGAAGUCCAGGAAGAGCAAGGCGAUCUCCUGAGGUACCCGCAGGUUUGGCUAAGAGACAACUGCCAGUGUGCCGAGUGCUUCCACACCGCCACGAGGGCCAGGAAAAGCCACUGGGAGCGUGGGCCGCUGAAUGUCCAAGUGUCCCAAGUGGCCUACAACCAGGAGAAGAAGCAGUUGGAAGUCCUCUGGCAGGAUAAGCACAAGAGCGCCUUCGAUAUAAGCUGGCUAAGAGAAAGGGACUUUGGGGAGGCUGCCAGAAAGCGUUACUUGGAAGAGGUAUACAAACCAAGCGCACAACUCUGGGGAAAGUCUGAAUUCGAGGCUGUGAGAAGGGAGUUCCAAUACCAGGACGUUAUCCACCAGGAUGCAGUACUUAGGGAUUGGCUGGAGGCACUGGCAGUCCAGGGAUUCGCCAUCCUGAAAGGAGCUCCCGACGACAUAAAUGUGGCCAAGCAUUUGGCCAAAAGGAUUGGCUACAUAAAGCGCACCACUUACGGUGAUGUUUUCGAGGUUAAAACCAAACCAAAUGCGGGGAACUACGCCUAUUUAAUGACUCCCCUGCCGCUUCACACUGACAUGCCGUACUACGAGUACAAGGCGGGCAUCAACAUCCUGCACACUCUCGUCCAAUCGGAGUCAAGUGGUGGAGCGAAUACCCUCACGGAUGGCUUCAACGUGGCCUCUCAGUUGCAGAAACUGCAUCCUGAGCAUUUCGAGGUACUCAGAUCGGUGCCAGUGAACUGGUUUGACAUUGGACACGAUGGCGAUGAUGCCAAGCCCUUUCACAGCCUGUGGAGAGCGCCGGUGAUUUGUCUGGAUGUGGAUGGCAGGAUCACGAGAAUCAAUCAGAACACCACCAAGCGCGACAGCCGCUUCUCCGUUUCUUUGGAGCAGGCCGUGUCCUGGUACAAGGCCUAUGACAAAUUCCUGGAGACCGCCCAAUCCGAGGCUGUGGAAUUCAAGACACAAGCCGGCGAUGUCUUCGUGUUCAACAAUCUGCGCAUGUUGCACGGAAGAACGGCCUACGAGGAUGCGCCAGGUAACAAGCGUCACUUGGUGGGCGCCUACGUCGACUGGGACAUUAUUUACUCCAAACUGCGAACCCUGAAGUUCCCUAAUGCCAAGGACUAGACCCAAGGAGCGACACCGCUACUCUUAAGGAACUCAAGCUAUUAAACUAAUGCCAAAUGAGUUUCUGGAAUAAAUAUAAUUAAAAGGAACCCUAA